AUGAUGCAUCCAGGUGGUCUUCUCUCGCCUCGGGAGGCGGAUGUAUGUGUUGGUCAGGGUGAGCUGAUGUACUGCGCAGGUUCAAAGGAAAAGCAGGCUAUUGUCAUUGGAGCCGUUGAGACCAUGGGGACCCAGCACUCCUCUGCAAGCAACAUGGUCUGUACCGACGCAGACGUUGACGUCACCAAGGACAAUCAACUUGCCCGCCUUUGGCACCGUCGCCAGGAGUGCGUGUAUGUCCUUGUAGAAUUUGCCGCUUGCGGCAUCAGGGCUGGCCAUCAGAGGAGUGCAGACGCUGAUGAUGGUAACGAAUUUACCUCCCCGGAGAGGCAGGCGGAGGCUCAUCAGACGGUCGUUAAUGCUCCUCGGUAG